GGGGUGAAAACAUCGUGUACAAUACACAAUCUUCGAAGCAGCGACACUGAACAUGGCGGACACGAGCGCCAAACGUCUACUCGACAGCGAUAAAACUGGUGAACCAGCUCCAGACGUCAAGAGGGGGAAAACUGACAAUGAGAAUGGGCGAGAAGAUGGAAAUGAGUCGGUCCAGGAAAAUGUUCUGUCUGGGUUCAAAACCUCAAGCGUGUUGAGUGACUCCGCCCGAGAGAAAAACAUCUUUAUCCACGGAAAGGUUGCAGAUCAGGAUGCUGUGGUUAUCCUUGAAAAGACCCCGAUCAGAGAAGACUCACUGGCUGAGCUCUUUAGUGGUUCCACACUCAAACUGGAGAUGAAAAAUGACAUCUACAGCACAUAUCGGCUCCAGGCUCCCCCUCAUCUCAAUGAGAUUAAGACCACAGUGGUGUGUCCAGCCACUGAGAAGCAUAUAAAGAAAUACCAGCGUAAGGAGAGUUUCCUGGUCGAGGAAACGGAGGAAGACUAUAAGAAUAUUACUCUACCCCACAUUGUGAAGCAGAGUUUUAGUGUGCAGUGGGUUUACAACAUCUUGGAGAAGAAGGCAGAGGCUGAAAGGAUCGUUUAUGAAGAUCCAGAUCCUGACGUCGGCUUUGUCCUCCUUCCGGAUUUCAAGUGGGACCAAAAACAGGUGGAUGAUUUGUACCUCAUUGCAAUAGCACAUCAGAGAGACAUCAAGAGCCUUCGAGAUCUGACAUCAGAGCAUGUCCCGCUGCUGCAGAACAUCUUCCAGAAAGGAAAGGAAGCCAUCCUCCAGCGCUACAACCUUCCAGCCAGUAAGCUGAGAGUCUACCUGCACUACCAGCCCUCCUAUUACCACCUGCACGUCCACUUCACCAAGCUGGGCUAUGACGCGCCGGGCUGCGGUGUGGAGCGAGCCCAUCUCAUUGCUGAUGUCAUCCAGAACCUCCAGUCAAACCCCCAGUAUUACAAAACACGGACACUCUACUUCCCCCUGAGGGCAGAUGAUGGACUGCUCAGUAAGUUCAAGGAGGCAGGGAGGCUGUAAUGAACCAAACUCAGAGCACCAUCCACCGCCUCUCUCUCUCCAUCCAAACCGUGAGCUUUACAGCUGGGUUUUUUUGUUUUGAAUGCUAUCAGUUGGCUUGACAUGCUAAUGUUCACGCUACUCCAGCCCAUAACUUUUAAUCCAUAUCAAAUAUUGUCUCUGUAAACUGGAUCAUCCUUUAAUGCCAGUUCACAGCUCUGUUCAUUAUGUUGUAGAACAACGUUAUUGACACUCUGAUCCGGUUUGUAGUCUGUUUUUAUGACUUUUCUGUUUUUUCAAAAGUAAUUUGUAUAUUUCUGAUGUUUUUUUUGUAGUCGUGUCAGAAAUUGUUAUUAGUCUUGUUGUGAUUAAAAACACAACAGUAGAUGAAGCAUUUUUUAAUCAGUGUGUUUGAUGUGCUUUUUGACUGAAUGUUGUCAACUAAAUUAAAGUACGUUUGGUUUCUAACUCUUUAAUAAAAUGUAUUAAGUUUGCA